AUGAGUGAGGCAGGGCUCCGGCCCCCUCUGCUCCUCCUCCUGCCGCUGGUGGCUGUCACCGCCUCCCUCGCUGGGCCGCACGGCAACGCCUGCCCGGCCCCAUGCCAGUGCCAGCGGGGGCUGCUCAACUGCAGCAGGGCCGCCCUGCCCGCCGGGCUCCACUGGCUGCUACCGCCUGGGCCUGCCGCCCGCAACCAGACCUUCUUCUUCCUAAUUCUUAAGGACAAUGACUUAAGCAAACUGCAGAAAGAUUCACUCGAGGGCUUGCUGUCGCUAAAGCACCUGGAUUUAUCCUGCAACAAAAUCCUGUUUAUUGAGAAACAUGCAUUCGAGCCUCUACCUUUUUUGCAGUAUAUAAACCUCGGCGGUAAUCUCAUUACAGAGCUUCGUUACGGGACAUUCCAGGCCUGGCAUGGGAUGCAGUUUUUGCAGAAGUUGGUCCUAAGCCAUAAUCCAUUGUCAAUCAUUGCUGACACGUCAUUUUUUGAAUUGCCCUCACUGAAAUAUCUGGACCUAGGUGCCACACAAGUGACUCAAAAGACAUUUCAGACUCUUCUCAUGACAUCACUCCAGUUAGAAACACUAAUACUGCCCAACAACAUGGCUUGCUGCCUCUGCCAGAUGAAAGAGAAUAUUGAAAUUCUGUGUAAGACAAUCAAGUUACACUGUGAACACUUGUGUGCCACCAACUCCUCCCUGUGCGUUCCUGAAGAACCUUUAGAAAAGAUGCAAGAGGAAUUAAUGAAAGUGUUACAGUCCAGGAAACUGAAUGCCAGCAUCGUGUUAAAUCUUGAGCCUGAGGAACCUUUACUCACCAACAGUGAUGAUGAAAUCACGAUGCUUGCAGAUAGCCAGUAUCAACCUAAGAUUGAUAUUGAUCUUAAUAAAAAAAGUCCUGCUUUGACUGAUGCUGUCUUGGAGAACCCAUCUGAAAACAAUGACUCUUCGCUGGAUGAUAUCUUACCCAGCAUACACCAAGCCAAUGAAACACACUGGAAGCAUCGAAAAGAGAGCGCUGGUUUUCCAUAUACACUUAGUGGUUCCUCAUCCCUGGAUAAUUACUCUGUUCAAGGAGACCUGUUUGAAGCUGAGCUGAAUAAUCGAUUGCGCUCCCUCAUCCCAAACCAAGCUGUGAGAAACCUUAUCUCCCAUGUGAUCCGAACCCUGAAAAUGGACUGCACUGAGCCCAGGGUGCAGCUGGCCUGUGCGAAGCUCAUCUCCAAGACAGGCCUGCUCAUGAAACUGUUCAGCGAGAGAGAAGAUAUCAAAGAAACCUCCUCUUUGUGGCGAACGUACCUCUGGGAAAACAGGAACGCGCCCAACGAGAGCACCCACCAGAGGAAAACCAGCAAGAAAGAUUCAGAGGAGUUAUCCCCAGAGCCUCCCCAAUACAGCUACGGCAACAAGCUGCUGCUGGCGAUAUCGGUGACGGUGGUAAUAAUGAUUAUUAUUGCAGUGAUUUGUCUCAUCGAGGUAAGCCAAAAAAAUCCAUUUGUUGCAUGGCCAUUGUUUCAGUCAUCCUCGCAGCACUGUGUAGGAGAAUCCCUUCGAACAGUGUUUCCAACUGUGCCAGGAGUUGACACUACAGCACAGGAUAAAUGUCUCUGUGCUGUCUUCCAGCUCCCUGGUGUAUCAGAGUCUUCAAGUAUGGAGAAACCGCUUUGGCUUAGAGACAUGUAUCUCCCACUGGAUUCUAUACGUAAAAAAUCCAUGGCCCAGAAGUUAUAUGACAGAGAGUCCUCGGAUGAGGAAGAAAUUUUCAACAGGGCUGAUGUAAGGUAAAUCAGGGAAUAUUAGCACUGCCUAGAGUUAUCACUGCGUUUCCUCGAGCUCCUGCUUUGGGGCCACAUCAUCCCCCAUCCAUGCAGGGACUAGGAGGCUCUGGGACUUCCCCUUUGCUAUCUUGCCAUCAGAUCAUCCCUGGAGAUGUCCCAUGAUGCACUGGGAGAAUGCCCAUUUUGGGACAGCUCCAUAGGGCAAGGGCAGUUGCUUUUGCCCAUCCUCAAAGCCAUAUUGCAGUGCUCCUCUCCACAUGUGAUCCAGAGUCCCCAUAUGGGCUUGAAAAGAGAACAUGACACAGAACUGCCAUCUCUUCAGGCUGACCCUUCAUGCUCCUCAUCAGCCCCAUGUGGUGGGACCAGAGGUAUCCCUGAGAUUAGAGAGAAGGGAAGAGCAUAAUGCCGAGCUGCUGCUGCUCCUCCACUCUGCUCACGUGAGUGGGGACAGAGCACAGGGGCUUUAGGCCUUUUCAGAGGAUAACCCCUUGUCAUCUAAAGGUUGUCAUUACAACUGGCUCGUUGCCAUGGCGCUCAGCUUCCAUCUCCACUUCUCGGUAAACAAAUAAGGGUUUUCAUGGGACUUUCUCUUCUACAAGGAUGAGAACAAGCCACUGAGCUGCUAGAAGUAUAUGAGCAGUUGUUCAGUUACGCCUACUUUCGGCUGGCUAGGGUGGAGGCCUGUGAGAUCUCUUUUACUCUCAGUGGUGUACACGACUUGAGCUUUAGCUCUGAUCCAGCAAAGCCCUUACGCAGCACUGCUGAAGUC